AUGGCCGGAAGAACGCCCCAGAAAUUCCAAAUCCCGACUCAGCUCUUCAUCAAUGGCAAGCUUGUUGAUAGCCACUCCACAGAGCGACACGGUCUCUACAACCCGAUCGACGAGACGCUUAUCACCGAUCAAAUCCAAUAUGCGGUUGCCGAAGACGUAGAUGCUGCUGUGGCCGCUGCCCAGGCUGCCCUCCAGGGACCUUGGAAGAAGUUCACGGCCGCCGCGCGAGGAGACUGCCUCUUGAAGCUAGCCGAGUUGCUGCUCGAGCACAAGGAAGAAUUGGCCUGGCUCGAUGCCACACCCAUAGGAAAGCCCGAGGCGUUUUCCAAAAUGGAGGUUGAUAUGGGCGUCUCAAUCUUCAAGUACUAUGCCGGCUGGGCGGACAAGUACGUCGGAGAAUCCGCACCCGCCCACGACGGAUUCAUGAAGAUCGUCAGACACGAACCGCUUGGUGUGACUUGCGGAAUUAACCCGUGGAAUGGACCCAUCAGCACCAUGUGCCUUAAGCUGGCCCCGGCCUUGGCAACCGGAAACGUCAUGAUUCUCAAACCUAGCGAAAAGACUCCGUUCGGCACCAUCCGAUUCGCCGCCCUCGCCACAGAAGCUGGCAUCGUCCCGCCCGGAGUCAUUCAGACCUUGCCUGGCGACGGGAAGACCGGUGCUUUGCUUUCAAGCCACAUGGGAAUCCGCAAGAUCAGCUUCACCGGAUCCGUCGCAACGGGUAAGCGGAUCCAACAGGCCGCGGCCGCCAGUAACCUCAAGAGAGUCACCUUGGAGCUCGGUGGGAAGUCCCCGUCGGCCAUAUUUGAUGACUGUAACUUUGAAAAUGCCGUUUUCUGGAGCACAUUAGCGAUAACCCAAAAUACCGGCCAGGCCUGCUUUGCCGCCAGCCGGCUUUACGUCCAAGAAUCGAUUGCCGGAAAAUUCAUCGCGGCGUUCACGGAGGCGAUGAAAAAGAAGAUCGAGGGCCUCGGUACCGAGCUCGGUCCCCUUGCCGAUGCGUCCCAGCUACAGCGCGUUGCGUCGUUUUUCGAGCGUGACGCUGGAAAGACGCAGGUUCUUGUCGGAGGCAAGAGGCACGGCGACAAGGGAUGCUUCUGGGAGCCUACCAUUCUCUUCAACCCGGACCUAAACGCCGAACUGUACCGGGAGGAGAUUUUCGGUCCUGUCGUCUGCGUGCGGACUUUUAAGGACGAGGCUGAAUUCCUGCGGUUGGCGAAUGAUAGCGAGUUUGGCCUCAUGGCUGGUGUCUUUACUCAGGAUAUUAACCGGGCGAUGAGGUUGGCUGCUGAGCUUGACAGCGGUGUCGUAGGUAUCAACUGCGUAAGCUACAUUAACCUGGAGGCACCGUUUGGAGGGACUAAACAAUCGGGAGUUGGGCGAGAAAUGAGCCAUUAUGCUUUGAGAGCGUAUACCGAACCGAAGACUGUCCUGAUCAAGUAA